AUGUUGGGAUUCAAGCCACAGAAACAAAUCGUUUACAAUCGUCUUUUACCGUACAAGGAUAAGCUUGACGAAGAGUCUAAUAAGUUCCUAUCAGAAAUUAAAUACAGUCUUGGACGAGCUGUGGUUUUUAAAGAGACCAGCCCCGGAAUUCUAUACUGGAGCAAUAGACUGACAAAGUAAGUUGCUGGUUUUAACUUAAAAUAAGUCAAAUUUGGGCCGUCAAUUUAAAGUGUAAACGUGUGGAAUUGAUGAUCGCCGAUGUUGUAAGCUAUUGCACCCGGUGACUAAUGCUUAGAUUAAGUCUGACUUCCGUCGGAGAAGACUCCUCGGUUUUUUUUUUUUUUUUGAGAUAUUAGGAUUUCAUGUAUAUAAUUUGAUUUUUAAUUGGGAAAUGAACUUGAAUUUUAAUUUUCAAUCAUACCAAACAGUUUCCUUGGAAGUUUGUAGACAACAGACUUCUUCCCCAACAUACAUUCAUGGUAAAUCACUUGAAAUGAUGUGCUCGGUACAAGGUGAAGAUCACCUGUAUAAUUGUAUUAAAAGAGGUCAUUUAAAUUAUGUUCCUUUGAUUGGAACAGCUUAAUAAAUUUGAUACACCAUAUAGGAUAUAGGCCCAGAUUUUAAAGGUGCACAACGCAAGUUGUGUUCAUUUUAAGAACUGACUUGUUUUGACCACGAUCAAUUUGUAAACAAACACAAUUUUUAAUGCUUUCUACAGUGCAGUGUGCAUUGUACAUUUAUGUGAUCAUGUAGUGAGCAGUUGACCAUCAUCACCAAAAACUUGCGUCAAUGGGGAAUUAGAUGUACUAAGAACACAUGUCAGACACAGAAAAUGCCCUGAGUCAUAAAUGAUUGGUCAGCAUUUUUUUAGCAGGGUCAUUCACAGUUUUCUGUCACUUAGCAAACAUAUAAUUCUGAAAGUGGGCAUCAUUACAAAACUAACUUCACAAAAAUUGAAUUGAAAAUUGCAGAAUGCAUGCUGAAAAUUCACUGAGAAUUUAACUGACUUUUCAUUUUAAAACUCUUGGUUAAGAAAAGUUGUUAACAUGUCUAAGUAUGUCCUAUUGGCUCAAUGGAUAGCACUUCUCCUCUUAACCCUUUGCACCCUAAAAUCAGUAUGGAUAUUCUCCCUACUGCUCUUCAUAUAUUUUCGAAGGUGUUGGCAAGGAGAAUUUGUUCACCAAUCAAAUGCUUCUUUCUUUGGUGAUCAUUUCCCUCAUUCUCAUGACCUUAACAUGUCUUUCAGGGGUGGUAUUACAGGGAGAAGUUUGAUGCUAGUCACUCUUAAGGUUUAAAAUGUUAAGCAAGAGGUUAAGGCAUCAAGUAGGAAAAUUAUAUAUAUUUUUUUUCUCUUGUUUUCCCUUGUUUAUUCACUCUCUUCUUGAGAAGCAUGUGUUUUUCUCUUUUGGCCCAGAUUGUCACCAGUUAUUGGGCAGUAAUCAGCCUUUAAGAAGCAAAUUACCAAAGCUCAGCAUUUAUCUUUAUUUUUCUUUUGCUUGGAAAAAAAGAGGAGGCUUUUACUCUUCCAGCCAACAGUUCAUUCAUAUUGUGUCUUUCGGCAUCAAAUAUUUAAACAUAGGGUCAAUGAGGUUGCAAGGUUGCAGCACAGAAGGCUUAUUGAUACAUACAUGGGAGAUGUCUUUUGGCCAUUGAGCGAGUGUUUUUUAUGUUAAGUUAAGCAUGCAGUCCCAAUUUUAGCCUACUUUUCAUCCAUCAAUACAUACAUACGUAACUGUAUUUCUGUCUGAAAUUCAGAGUAGCUUGGUGGUGCUAAUUUCUCCAAAAAAACAAAAAAAAAUCAAUACAAUUUUCUGAUCUCAAUUUUCAGCUGUUAUUUAAAUACAGAUUAUUUCGCUGCAGUCUGUUGCAAUUUUUGACCAAUUCUCAACUAUCAGUGAAUCAUGCAAAAGUCUAAUGUGCUAGUCAGCAACCAAAACUUUAACAGGAAUGGAAGCAAGUGAUGCAACAAUUGAGUGAUGGAUGGAAGGAGUGAACUUUGGGUCACAGCAACAACUCUGAAAUGGCUUAAAGCCAUUUUCCAAGUUGAAUAAUUAAACCAUGAAACAAAAUUUAACCCUUUAACCCUUGCAAAUGACUAACACUUAUUUCUCCCAAUAGUAUAACCCCUGCAUCACACAGUAAGGUCAUGAGAAUCACCAACUAAAUAUUCUCUUGAUUGAUAAACAAAUUCUCCUUGUUAGCACCUAAGGAAAUGUAUAGUAAACAGUAUGGAGAAUAUGCAUACUGAUAUUAGGGUGUAAAGGGUUAAGCUAAAGCUUGUACAGUAAACUCAGUAUACGUGAUUUUUUACAUGAUAAGCUCAGUUAUGCACGUAUUCUGAUUGGUUGUCACUUAUGAUCUAUUGGAGGACAGAUGUAUAGAUGACAUCAUCAUUAAAACUUUAUUAAAUUCUUUAUUAUAUAAAAAAAUAGAUUCCAAGUUGCUGUACGUCUGUUGAGUAAUAGAUCACAGAGGAAGUCAAAAUGUGGUAAGAGCAUCAGUGACACAAUCAGCUCUUACCACAUUUUGACAUCCUCUGUGAUCUAUUACUGAACAGAUGCUCAGUAACUUGGAAUCUAUAUGUUAAACAGUGUAUUCCAGACAGUCUGUUAACAUGCAUGAUACAAUGGUUGCAAUCUUUAAAGUACUGUCUAUGAUUUGUUUGUUUUUAUUUUUUUUCCAGUUACAUAAAGCUAUAUGGAAGGAAGUUUUCAAAAGAAGAUCAUCUCCAUUUUAUACACAUCUUUUUUGAGUUGGUAACAGCUCCUAAUCUUGAUCCACAAUAUGUGAUUGCAUUUGGUCAUGUGUUGAUCCUUCUGCUCAAGUAAGUAGGAUAAUAUCCUACUUAUAUUAUUUCUGGUUAGGUCAUUUUCUACCGAGUACUGAAGAAAAUUAUGGGCUGUCAGCUACUCUACACACAACCCUGGAUACAUGCACCUACUAAUUGAUCCAACUGUUCACUUUCCAUUUCAUUUGUCAAAGAUACAGUUACUGUGCUGCUCCUGUGUACUGCAGUGUAUCUAACAUACUUACUAUACAUGCAAUUCCCAUGUAUUAUAGGCAUGCAACUUUAUCACUCGUGGUCAUACCACGCAUAAGUGUACAGUAUACAGUAUUAUUAGACCUCAGCAGUCUCUCAACUGUUGUUAUUUCAAUCUCCUUCUGGAGGACAAUGUGCAAAGUACCCUUUUAUUCUCUUUUUAUGGCAACUAAGGUACUAAUAUAUUACUAAAUUCAUUACCAAUGUACCAAUAGUCUACAGAAUUUCUUUGAAAGAAAUUUCAGGUAGAGCCUUUGGUCUAGCAAUGGAAGUCUCCUUUCUCUAUAAGCAGCUGCCAAUGAUGCAGUACUGAGUGAUCUCACCAAUGUGUAUAUGUUUGUUGAAGACAAUACAACUUUUUCUUUACAUUACAUUUUUUGUUCUAGGAAGAGGGGAUUAAUAUCCAGAGAUGACCUUGUUUUGCCAUGGAGACCUCUUCGUGAUCUUGUGGAUUUCACAUUUUAUUCCAAAUUUGAAGUGCAUGGACUGAAGAAACAUCCUUUGUAAGUUGGUUAAUUUUUUUUUUUUAUAUAUCAUGCCGAAUUAAAUGAAAUUACACUUCAACAAAGUGAACCAUUAAAACCUCAAUGGGCCUUUCCAGUCAACUCUUUUUGUCAUAAGUACAAGUUCAUAUCCAUGUGUCACAGCUGACAUCUUAGAAUUCUCAAGCAGUAUGGAGCACUUCUUUUGGCAUUUCUUUUUUUUUUUGUAUUCCUCCAACCACCCCAUCCCACCCUUUUUUCCUUCUACUGAUCUACAAAUGCAGUAAGUGACAUGUUGACCAGUGCCUUGUGUAGGGUGCUCAUGGCUGAUUUGCAAGAAUUUUUUUGAAGUAUUUCCCACUGACUCUUUCAAGCAAGAUAACAGACCGGGCUGGACCCAGCACCUCCCGUUCCAAACUUCCUUUUCACAAUUGUGUUCCCUCCAUGCGACAUGUAGUAAGACCAUAACAGAAAAGGAACACACACAUACAUGUACACACAUAUCCAGUCGAGCUGAAAAAUCCUCCAUAUUGUGCAGUGUUACAGGUCAUUUCUCCAAUUUUUCAGCCUUUUGUCCAUUGUAAGACUCAUGAUAUUCUGCCUCAAAUCCCCCAUCAACUGUUGUUUUGUGUGGGUACCCAAAGCUGAUUGGCAAGAAUUUGCUCAAAGUACAUGUAUACCCCUACCAAUGUAUCUUGUACAGUGUACAUCUGAUUGCUGGCAUGUGAUUGAAACAGAUAAAGUUUAAUUGGACAUUUUAGGCAUGUACAUGAACAUUGUUCAUCUGAAGGAACCUCCAACAUUUGCACAGUGUUAUAAUUAAAUUGUGUAGAACACAAUUUUCCCCUUUUUUGCAUAAAAUUUUUGUCCAAUCAGGUUAUUCUAGUUUAUGAUGUUUCGGAAAAAUUACGAACACUGCAUGAGAUGAAUUGUGAAAUGAGGAACACAGUUCGUUUCUUACUUUAGUUACUCAGUGAUCUGUAGAACUUGUGUGUGUCACGUUAUGAACCUAGCAGUGGCUUAGCUUACCUUAGUGUUAUCUGAAGCACAGUGAUAGAGCAUCAUAGCACAGGAACAGAAGGUCUGAGGUUUGAUUCUGGGCAGGGGACUCAAAAAUUUUCUUUUACACACACACUCAAGAAAAGUUGAAUAACAUCUUUCUGUGAGCCAUAGAUUCCUUUGUAUCCAGGACCAAAAAGUGAUGGUUUUGUUAUUUGUGCAUAACCCUGUUAAACUUCCUUUUUGUCUUAUAGGAAGCUUGAAGAGACAGUGAAACAUAUUGUGUAUAUGUCCAGAGUGUAAGUACUAAGAGCCAGCCAUGCACUGAUUUUUAACAACUGGGUGGUUUCUUAAUCCUAUCCUUUCUUUUCAUGAACUUUACAUCUGAUUCAAGAUACUGAAAGGAGAAAACAGAAACCAGUCACUGCAAGGGGUUAUGAAAAUUCUUAAUAGAUAGUUAACAUGAGGCUCUGAUGUAACCCCUGCCCCAAGAAAAGAACUACAUUUUUUACUGUAAUUCCCAAAAGUGGUGAUAGACGAGAGACCCCACAUGUCACAACUUCACAUUUAUUUGAUCUCACUCACAAAAUAGGAAAUCCCAGCCAUGACUUAGUUUACACAAUUUUCCAGCUUUGUAAACCUUUGAUUUCAAAUAGGAAAUUUCAGUAACAGACUUGGAACUACAUGAAUAUUAUUGAGUCUGCAUUUGUCAGGUGGCUGGGGGGAGGGGGGAAGGGGGGGGGACAUGGGCCAAUGUCCCCUUUUCCAGACAAUAAUUCAACUUUGCCUUUUCUUUGUUACUUUCAGGUACUUUUCAGAAGACUCCACACAGGAAAUGUUGGAUGAGUGGCGUCCUUUACUCUGUCCUUUUGAUGUCAAGUUUGCCAAAGCAAUGUUCUACUUUUCCUUAUUCUUACCUACCACCCUCCCUCCAGAAAAAUAUGACAAGGGUUACAAGUAUGUUCUGUUGUAUACUGUCAUCAUUUAAUACUCUGUGAGAUUAAAAAUACUCUGUGCUCUUGGUGACAUGCUGCGAAGUUGGAAUCUGCAUGAUUUUAGUUAAAAUAGUUUUGUAUAUGCCUUUUGUGUAUAUUGGUUUAUUUAGCUUAUUUAUUCAUUUGUGGAUAUCACUCUUGUACUUGUUAUUUAUGUAGGAAUCAGGUUUUUAGAACCUUAAGUCUUCAGUAGUAACACGUCUCCACUCUACAAUGUGUUCCACUUUUAAUUUAUCUGUGGUAAAUGUACCCUGUGCACAUUAUUUACUGAAAUAUAUCAAUAUACAAUGUACCUAUGGUAGUGAAAUAAUGAACUGAUUUUUUUUUCUUCUUUUCCUUUUUUUCUUUUUUUGUUUUCCUUGUUUUGUAUUGUUUUGCUGGUUUUUUGGUUGCUAGCUUUCCCACUGUUACAAGUAAUUCAUCUUUACGUGUACAUCUACCUAGGAAAGAUAUUGUUUAAGAUGAGCAAAGAAGGAAUUUUAUAUUAACUUAAAGAUAAAUAAUGAGUUAAGAUUACAGAGAUAAUUAGAUGGAGAACAUGCAAGGCUGCACACUGCACAUGUAUCUUGUGCAAAUACCCCCAUAUGCUGCAGAGCAUUAGUAUGGUAACUAAUAGCCUGACUAGCCAAAGGGUAGAUUAACUGCUGUAAUGAGUUUUGUAAAGCUUGAAACAUUACCUUUUAUUUACAAUUUCUAGAUAUAAGUAAUGUUUGGAAUUUUUUUCUAGGUUAUGGUUUGAGGAGCUUUUGGGAAUUUGGCAAGCUUGUACAGGUGGCUCAAGAUGGGAAGAGGUACAGUGUACAGUACACCAUGUAAAAUGUUCCUUAGCACCAGGGCUUGUAAAAAAUUUGAAAGUAGAAGUACAUAAGAUGGCCAAGUUAUAGGUACUAUUCAGUUUAAGUGCCCCAGAUGCUCUACAAUGUUCACAUGAACCUUCAAACAAAAAUUAAUUCUGAAUACAGAAUCAGUUCACAUGCUUAAACCAGUCAGUAGUAAAUUAGGCAUUCAAUUCCACUCAAUUACUGGAAAGUGGCUGCUGUAAGAAUUUCUUUGGUGGUUUUUCAGUGCUGAAUUUUCAUCAGCACUUAUUAAUUAUGAAAGUGGUUGGACUUGCCGUGCCAGUGACUUUUGCAGGCGGCAGGCUCUGAUAGACAGUUGUGCCAACACCAGGCAUAGUCUGAUGAAUAUUUGUGAGUACAAAUGUACCCUUUCAUUUCAUUUUUUUCUCAGGACUGCUUGAAGUUGUUUGCCAGGCUUGCAAAAGACAAUGUGGGAUUUAUAGAUUGGAGUCCAUACCUUGCCACUGUAAGUAAAAUAGACCUGUUUUUCUUUGAACUAUUGGAAACUUCAACAUCACCCCCUCCCUGGCAACCUGGGUUAGUUCGCCGUGUUCCAGGCCUGGGGUUGGGAAUUUGAACUUUGCUUGGGUGGGGUGGAGAAUUCAAACUGGACCUGUCAAGUCUUUCCAGCAGAAUAAGUGUGUUUUAUUUUCAAAAAUAUGGGUGUGGAAAGGUCUACUAGGAUAUUAAGAUCACUACUGCCUUGUACAAAAACAAAUUGGCGAUCAAAUGCUGCACUUUGGUGAGGCGUUUGAAUAUUGUUUUGGUCCUGGUAGGUGGGAAUUUGAAUGAACCAAUCUUUAAAAGCUCAAAUGUCCAGGGGGUUGCCUGGGAGGGGUGGAUGUGGAAGCUUUACAUUGAUCAAUGCAUUAAUCCUUGAAUUAGAGUUUGAGGUUCUUGAUUCAAAUGUAGGACAGGACAUGGGAUGCUUACUCAUGUACUCAUGAGUUGCGUCUAUGCAAAAUAGGGGAUUGAGGGGGUGAGGGGGGUUUUACUAUGCCCUUUUUCAAAUGUAGAACGAAUGUACUAAGUUAAGACAGGGGGUUUUAAUUUGUAAGCACCUGCAUGCAAUUCAGGGGAGCUAAGGGGAGGGGGUUUUACAGUAAAAACCUGAGGUUUCUUCAAUUCCUUUGCUCUAAAGUCUGUUUGGGAUAAUUAUAUCUAUUCUCUUCAGAGCACUUAAUCACGACAUUGAAGAAAAAAAAUUGCACUGACUUUUCCUCUAAAGAUUUCAGAUCUGAAAUAAAAUUUUGCACUAAUCCUGGGUUAUCUCAACCCAGCUUUGAACAACCCAGCCUUGUGCUGUAGGCUUUUUCUUUGAUGUAUAUACCCUUUGCCACUUCUGACGUAAACCUUCAUAAUAAGUUAUCUAAGGUUAAAAGACUCAAUUUGCUCAUUGCACAGCUGUGCAUUGUUCAAAAUCUUGUUUCUACUCAUAUUUUUUUGUCUUUUGUAGGUGUUUACACGGAUAUUGAGAAAUUUUCAUCUUCCUGUGGGUGGAAAUUCUCCAGCUAGCAGCCUCAAAGAUUAUUCAAGCAUUAUAAGUUCAUUUGUAGUGUGGAUCAUCAAUUCUAUGGUAUGUCUUUCAUAUGAUAAUUAUUAAAAAAGUUAAGGAGUGUAGAAGUUUGAAAGGUUUAUUAACAGUCAAGAGAAGGAAAACGAAGACACUCUGAUGUAUGGUACCAGAAACGAUUCACUAUAGAGGUGCCGAGACCAGCUAACAAAACAUGUUCUAUACAAUUUGGGUCGAUCGCUCAGCUGAGAAAAGUCUCUCAUUUGAAAUCUGUGAGCUGAAUUGUUGGUGUUAAAAACUUCCUUACAGAAAAUUACACCUUGAAUUUUUUGACAGUCUUUCUAAAUGCAAAGUUGAUGGUUAGACUCAAAUGCUGCAUGUAAUAUGAUAUGAAGUUUCUCUCAACGAAGUCAGUUCGACUUGAUCACCGCUCAUUUUAGGUGUUUGCGUAUCUCGCAGAUAUGGAACGGCAAGAGAGAAAAAAAGAGAGACAAGAGAUACAGGCGUUUCUUCGUUUCAUAAUUCAAGCAAAGAUCGAUUCUUUUUUCAGUUUUGUUUUUCAGAUUUUAUCUGGCGGUUGUUAAUUGGCAAGUUUUGUCGAAAUUUUAGUCGCAAAAUAUAUUUUUACUAGCAAUGGCUUGGGCGCAUCUUAGGCCCCGUUAGUAGUUUUUUGAUUUGCUAUUUCCUUUACUUAUGCGCCAUAUGCGCAUGGCGCACAGCCUUCCCAAUCCCUGUGUGAUUACUGUGUUGAUGUUAUUUUCAACAAUUAUUACUUUUGUCCCACAGGGCAGCUCCAGUACAACUCAAGACCAUCUCUGUAAACUGUUCAAAGCACUUGAAUCAUUUUAUCAUCCUUCCAACAGUGGACGCUACUCGGUAACUCCAAAUGAAAUAAAACCCUGCCACAUUAGGGAGUGGUUAUUCACUUGCACAAUGCACUCUUGUCUACAGCUGUAAUUGCAAUGCAUAUGUAAUGCAAGUUUUGGUAUCAGCAUCGAGGGCUCCUUUUUUCAAAUAAGGGAUAAGAUAGUAGGUGUUCAUUUGGACAGGACAAAGGGGAUGGGUGGUGGGGGCAGCUUACGGUCGUAUUUCAUGUUUCCUUAAUUGUGGCCAGUACAAAUGUGCUGCAUUAUCUUUCGUAGUUUGUAACUCUGCACAAAAACCACAACCCAAAUAACUUACAGUGUAUUCUUCUAACUAUUGGCAUUACGGUUGGUACUCAUGAGUUAUUUCGAAGCUUAACAUGUUCAAAAAACUCAUACAAACGUGAGCGCUUUAAUUGUGUAGACAAACGUAUGUGAAAGUGGUCAGUUAUUUCAGUAUUUGUCCAGAAAAAUGAAGGAACGAGUAUGGGCAUCAAUUCAAGGUGGUUUGCUCUUCAAAAUUGUUUGUCUGAGAGGAAGAUCAGCCACAGGAAAGGAGCACCUACGGAGGGGAGGCAACAAUUCAAGGAUUUCUGGCACUUAACAGCAAUUUUAAUUUAAAACGUUUGUGCAUGAGCACUUUUAUAUGUUGUUAAAAGUAUUGUGUUUAUUUGUGUCCUUUCUUUUACAGGGGAAGCUUCAGAGAUUUCUCUACAACUUGCCUAAAGAAAUGAUUAAAAGGCUUCACAGGUAUGAUUUUACCAAGAUUAUCACAUACAUGUGUAAUACUGUAGGAAUUGGCUGAAGUCCGUUGCUAGCAGUAAACUGCCCUGGAAGUUUAUGAAAUGUGUGGUAUACCCUGUGUUUUACCAGCAAAACAAUUAAGGUUACUCCAUGCCAUUUCAUGCUUUAGUAACGUGAGGGCUCGAUGGGCCAGCUAACUUGUUUACAGACCAUAGCCCACUAAUAUCCCAGAUUGUUUCUACAGUCACAUGAUGAUGCUUUCAUGGGUGCCUUCACUUGUAGUAUAAACAUGCCCAUACAUGUAUACACACCACAUGAUGAUUGAUAAGUUUCCUAUUGUUUUGAACUGUAUCUGUUCAUCUUACAGAGAGAGAUUUCCAAAGAACACCUGGGUGACUCCCAUACCACAAGAGGCCAAGCUGACAGAUGCAGAACUCACUGCAUUUGUUGAAUGCCUUAAACCUGCUGUCAUGUUGGCUGUGUUUCACAAGAGUGGAAGCUUUGAUGCGGCUGGAGCACUGCAAAACUUGGCAUUAAUCAAACCUGAUAUUGUUCUUCCAACUUUACUGGAUAAGUAAGGUUCACGGCAGUUACUUUUCCUUUUUGAUAUGUUCCUUUCCCACACAAAGAAAAUCUAAACAUGGCAGAAGGCCAUUUUGCAAGUUAGUUAUGAUUACAGCUAGAUAUCACAUUUUUUAUGACAGUCGACUCUCGCCCUGCAGACACUUCUCUAUUAAGGACAGCCCGCCAUUGCGGACAAAAGCCAGCCCCCGGCGAACGUAUAAAGAAAUGACUGGAACAAACUUCCUUUAUCAGGGACUCUCGCUAUUACGGAAAUGCGGACACUUACAUGCCCCCUGCGCGACACUUCACUUGUUCUUUUCUCUUGCUUUAGUGGACACUUCGUCCAAAAUCCUGACUCACAUGGUAUAAAGCCACAUGUUGACGAAAAUCAAGAAACCAUCCUUCAUGCGAACAGGAGAAUUUUCCUCCUCGCGGCCGGAUCUUUUUCGGUUCAUGAGACCACAUUAGAAACUCUAUGUUUGCGUAUUUACAUAUUAUUUCAUAUGUUUAGAAACAAAACAUUUUUUUUCUAUCGUACCCCGCUAUUACAGACUCUCGCAAUUACGGACAUUAAAUCUCCCCCUGAGGGUGUCCGCAAUGAUAGGAGUCGACUGUAUUCCCAGCACGAAUAAUUGAAACUACAAUUAAAUCAAUUUGGCGUACAGUACACAUGUACUUAUGCUUUAUACACUGCUCAGUAGUGUAUUUUUAAGAACUUUUGCUCAAAUACUUUCCAACGACAGGCUCUAAAUAGCAUUUGAUACAAUUGUCGUAGGGAACGAAUUUUUACCUAGAGUAAUUCAACAUGGUAGAAGUUUACCAUAUAAUAACAUCAGAAAUUGUCGGUAUCAUGUAUUUAACUCUUCGUGAUGACUAGUGCUAGAUGGAAACUCUCUUUUCUUCUCAUCUCUACCAACUUUUCUUACAUUCUUGUAGUCGGCUCGUUUUACUUCACUUGUCAUUUGAUUUAUGGCAUCAAGGAGACGUGCUCGUGGGAAACACAAUGCGAGAUUUCCUUGGCCAAAGAGAAAGCUGUUUUUCAAAUUUGUUUCCAACACUUUUGCCCUUCAACCUACUACUAUGAAAAAAUUCAAUUAACCUCUACGCUGUACAUCUUUCCUUAUUGUUAUAGGUUGUAUGUUGCCCUUGCCACCCUAACUGAGCCCCAUCAGUUGACAGCAACUUUAAACUGUGUCACGUCUGUAGCCAGGGCACUUGUCAGGCCUGAUGAGUCUUAUCCUGCAGGUCGACAUCAUGUUCUACCAUUACUACAGCUUGUUUUACCAGGGAUUGAUCCAAAUGACUUCAGAAAGGCUCUAGUGAGUUUAUAUUCCGUGAACAAUGUAGUUUAUGCUUUCAGGUCUAUCUCCGUCAUGUGUGCUUAAGUUGGUGUCGGCCAUGUGAUAUUUUCUAAGUUUAGGUCGUAAUGUAGCUAAGAUGUUUUCUUUUCAUUCCACAGGGAACAUUUAUGUUUAUAUCUACUGUUGUCUGUCUCGUUCCUGUGGUUGAUUGUUCAGAAGCUGUGGGAAUUGUAGAAAUGACGGAGGUUAGUUACUAUAAUUGUGUUACACUUGUACUUGUUCACGUAAAGCCCUCUUUGUCUUUAUUAGAAGAAUAGAUAUCCACUUUUCCCCAGGACUUGUUCUGUAAAUCAGGAAUUUUUAUUGGACGUUUGUGUACAAAAUCGUGGACAGAAAUGCUAUUUAAUUUCAUAACAUAGUUAAUGUCGUAAUGGUUCGGUUUCUGAACAAACUACUUUCGCUGAGAUCUUCGUCCAUUAAAUAUUUAACCACAAGUGGAAGUACUGUCGCAAUCUGACUGGCCAAUUUGUCGGUAAGAGUACAGACAACACUGCUUACGUCAACGUGUCACGCAAUGGUCACGCACCGAAAGAAUCGUUUUAUUUGACGUCGAUAUUAUGGUUAAUACAAAGCGACGGUGGUCUGUACUCUAAUCGACAGCGAUAUUCAUCAUCACGCUGGUCAAAAUUUGUAGCGGACAGACCGUGCUAAACCACUGUCGAUUUGUUUAAUUAAUGUUGGUUCUUGAUUAGAGUGGGUUCGGUGUGUGGAGUUAUGAAUGUACUCGGAAAGUUUGGAGAGAAGCCGAGAGCGGCUAACGCCACCACAGCUGCGCAUAUGACAUGUACAGGUAUUAUUUGAAUUUUAUUAUCAUGAUGAUAACGAUUACGAUUUUUUUUUGUCUCUUUUAUGCAGGAUGAGAAGGAGUUGUGCCUUGCCACGGCUCAGUUUGAAGACUUUGUGUUACAGUUCAUGGAUAGGUGAGUGACACUGUAUUUCAUUGAUUUUGAAGGAACUUUUGGAGAGUAUAUGCAUGAUGGUUUUUUAUAAUAAAUAACUUGGCUAUUGGUUAUUUAGUAUAGACUAUAAAACCAAAACGAUGAUUUUAACUCAUUUAUUCUCGCAACGAUUACAAUAUAUUCGGGCGCAAAUCCCGCGAUCGUUGCUAUGGUUAUGAUUACCAGCAAAAUAGUUUCGUGCGGAUUUUUUUUUUUUUUUUGCUCAAAGGGCUUCUGCGUGCAGAAGCAAUCUCGUGAACAGUUUCAAAACUGUACGCUAUGUUGGGCAAAGCAGAGAAAGCAAUUCUUGUGAGUUGGCUGUGCAUCUUUGCUCUGAUACAUCAUGGGUAUUGUCCAUGAUGCUGGCAGCAUUUAGUUCAUUGAUCAACAAAUUUAAUCCGAUCUUCUUCAGAUGUUUUUCGAUGAUCGAUAACUCAUCAUUUGAGGCCACAUCCGAACUGGACAGCACAACGAUGAAAGCAGAUCAGCGGCAUUCGCUGGAGGGCAUGAUGGGAAUGGGUGUAGCGUCGACGUUUCAUGCCAUUCUCAUGCAGAGCUCACCCAAGAUUUUUCAGGUAAAGUUUUAUCCUUCAUUCGUUUGUCUGUCCACAACUUCGCUCGCUCGCUCGUUUUUUUUUUUUUUUUUCCCCGUUGACCCACUCGCAGGUUUUUUCAUUUUUUUGCGCCAUAUAAUCACUUUUUUUUUGUUCGUCCAUUAACUAGUUGAAUCGUUUGCGUAAUUUUUCUUUAUCUUUUUUCAUAUUUUCCAUUGAUGCCAUCUUCCUUUUAAUAUUUUGAUUUCGUAUUUGUUUGUUUAUCUCCUGUAAAAAGUGUGCCAUAGUUUUUCGUUCGUAAGUCACUGACUGUAAUGAGCAAACAUUAUAUUAUUACCUUGCUGCUCAUUUUCACAAUUCACCAGGCACAAAUUGAACCGUGCUUUCGCAAGAAGCAGUUACUGUGCAUGAGGUUCAUUAAAGUUUUGUUAAGCGGCUGCCGAUGAUGUAAUAGGCGGCAGUGUCAGAAAAGGGCCGCAAUUCGAAACGCAAACAGGAGAGCCUGCUCACAAGCUAAACAGAUAGUAGUGAUAGGUGUUGUAUAUGUAGGUGGUGUUAGACCGCUCGUGAGUGGCUUUAUUGAAAUCUCUAAGUAUUUCCACGCAAGACUUAUUGACUUCGACAAAUAGGUACAUGUGUGAUGGUCUCCUUACAUGUUUUUUAGAGUGCCUUGGAGAAGUUGUUUGCCUUCUGUGGAAACAAAGUACUUGAAACAAAAGUAGCUGGAAAGAUGGCCUCAGACAUGUGCCGUGCGGCUGCCAGGGUCAGUAUAUAAAGGCAUAGUCUUGAAGCGGAGCCUUUUUUUUAAAUAAAAUAGAGUCCAACGUGAUAUUGAAAUAAGCGGGGAUUGUAUUGAGUUUGUUUCACUACGCCCUGUGAUUGGUGAAUGCUAACUUGGUCUCACACUUUUUCUCGCGCUUUUGGCCGUUUCUACUUUUGCAUGUUCUGAUUGGCCCCUUUUGAUAUUUACGUAUAACUUGGUUCUGAUUGGCUGGUCGAAAGUUUUCUAACUGUCCAUUUACAGCUUGCAUUAGGAAUUGCUUGACUUACAGCAAGUUUUGCAAAAAGAACCUUUUCUUAGAAUAAGGUUCUAUUUUUUUCAAUUUCUUCAGAUGUAAAACGUUUGUAUGCAUGGCUUAAAGAUUGCUUGUAAAAUAACGUGUACGUGUAGGUAUAACUUCUCAAACUAACCCCGGCAGAGUAACAGGAUUUUCUCGUACUCAUUAAAAUUAUCAUUUUGGUUAAUUUAGUCAGGCAAAUUAGUUGGUGAAGUCUAUAUUUGAUACAAUAUAUUUUUCUCAAUUUAUAGACAAAUUCCAAAGCUACUCUAAAGAUGUUUGUGCCUCACUGUUGUUCUAUUAUAGAACACUUGACCUCAGGUUAGACAAUGUACAUACAAAAUAAAGGUUUUGGUUAUGGCAAUGUAAACGAUUACCUGCCUCGCCAAAGUUGUUGUUCUAUCAUAGAACACUUGACCUCAGGUUAGACAAUGUACAUACAAAAUAAAGGUUUUGGUUAUGGUAAUGUAAAUGAUUACCCGCCUCGCCAAAGUUGUUUCUUUUUAUUUAUUUAUCUAUUUAUUUACUCAGCCAUUUACCUACAUACUUAUCUGAUUAUUUAUUAUUAGUAUAAGUAUUUAUCUAUUCCAUUUUUGUGCGGAAACAAACGCAAACUGCGCCCAACCGACCAUCCCUCCACUUUCGUGAAACUGAUAGAUUCCCACAUCGCUUGGUUAGAUCUUAGAUGGUUUGUGUUUUUGCGGCCAUUUUGUAAAUACUAUUAUCUCACUGUGAUUGGCAAUUUUUUUCUUUGAAAAUUGUCAAGUGGAAGGCGUGGCAGACGAAGAAGAAGUGGAUGAUCAGCUUUUGUGGAAUCUUCAACUUUUAUCCGAGGUGAAUAUCAGUUUGUCUGUGAGUCACUUUGUUUUUGUGGAAGGUUAAACUUAAAUCGAUGCCCACAAUCAUUUGAGAAAAUAGUUUUAUGUGUAGCAAAGUUUUCCUCAAAAGGUAAUAGCAAUUUCAGAGGAAAGACCCGGAAAAGAGAGAGCCUGGCGAGAGUCUACCCAGGUAGCGGUUAACUGCCACUGCUAAAUGAGGAAUGAAGCCAGAUGUUGAUAACAAGACAAAUUGUAGUGGGGUUCUUGUUCCCCCUAGAUUAGUUUGAUCAAAAUGUUUGUAGAAUUGAGUGCUUUGAAAGUACACUGUCUCUUUUCAAGACUACCUUACUUCCUCAAAUAAGCGCCCGGGCGCUUAUCUAAAAUUUCGUUUGAAAGGGAGGGGGGGAAGGGGCGCUUAUUAGAAGGAGGGCUCUUAAUCUAGGGGGUGCUUGUUAAGUUAGCGUAGCAAUAGGACAAACAUUAAAAGAAAUGAUAAUGUACAGAAAGAACUCUGCAAGCAUACGGAGCUACAAUUAACUGGAGCGAAUUAGUAUUUUGCUUUUCUGAUUCCGCUGUAAUCGAAGCUUAAAAGCUUUGAAUAAAUUGGUAAUAGAAACAGCCUCUUCUUUUUUUUUUUGUAUGUCUACUAUUUGAGUAAAUGAGGGAGUCGGGGGUGGGGGGAAGGGCGUUUAUUCGAGGAGGGUCUUUGGUUUUGGCAAAAGGGGUGGUCGCUUAUUCAUGGAAGAGAAGUUAUUGGAGCGUGGGCCCUUAUUUGAGGAAAUAUGGUACAUCUCAGAGGAACUGUCCCCUUAACAAGUCUUUCGUUUUGUCACACAAUGCGCUUUCUCCGCCGGAAGAAGUCGUUACGAAAUCGAACAAUGCUAAAAAAAGACUGUCCGCUUAAAUACAAUGUUGUUCUGUGUGUGUGCUUUUAUUUUACUUUGGUUAUGUUUGUCUUUUCAAGCGUUAAAAUAAGUAAUUAGUACUGUAGUAUUUCAUAUUUUCACGCUCUUUGUUUUUCUUCAGGUCGUUCGCUCCAGCGGAGCUUUGGAGUACAAAGACAAACUCAUUACUGCUAUAAAGGGUACGAUUCAUCUCAAGUGCAAAGAAGCAGCUACUUUAGGAGCCACGGUGAGUGGAUUUUAUAUGAUCAUCAAGUAUAACGACUCAAAUUAAUGUAUCAUGGUUUUAUUCGUUUUUGCGUAAUGGAACUGUGUUAAUUUUUUUGUAGCUUCUGGAGCAUCUCUUGCGGCCACUGGCUAAGAUUUACCCUAUGGAGUGGAGAAGCGUAUUGGUUGAUUUUGGCACACCACCGUCAGAACAUCUCUUUAUUAGGGUGAGUGUUUUUUUUCGUCAUCUCCGUCGGAAGAGCACUGGAAAAUCAUCUGAGAUAUAGAACUUUUCAGAGACAUUUGAGGAUAAAAGAGGUUACUGGCACGCCCUCUGUAUUCUGUAAAAAAGACGUUUGUGAGUGUUAUACAAAGUGGAUUGUCCCUGCAGUUACGCAAGUACUUUUUUCUGAGUGGUUUUAAAAGCGUGACAUGGAAAACAACAAAACUUGAAAUUCUCACCAUAUACUUUCACUAACACUUGAGUGAACAUAUUUGCUAUAGCUAUAAAUUAGAGGUUUUUUGGAGUAUUUUUAUUGCUCCUAGAUGCGAUGGUUGUCUAUCGCAAGGUAUCCGUUGGUAAUUUUGUCAGGCUUCCAUAAAGUUCGCUUCUACCCUGCGGGGUGGAGAGAGGCACUUUUGAGCGUAACGUGUCUCGCCAAGAACACAACACGGUGACCCGUCCACUCUUGGAACCAGACCUCUUGACCCAGACCUCUUGACCCAAAGUUAUGAGCACUAACCGUUAGCCACCACCUCCCCCCCGAACUCACCAUUUGGUAAUAUGAAUAUUAACUAUCGCCUACACUGUUCAACAUGUUUAGGACUGGGGAAAGCCUGGAGAUCUUUUCAACUUGAAUAUUCAGUGGCACAUACCCACGAAAGAGGAAAAGCUUUUGGCAAAGGAGCUGUUGGACACUUUUCUACAGCCUGAGCUGACAAGACUGGAAAACUUCCUGGAUGGAUCGGUAACACUCUCGAGGUACACACUUUUUUUGCACACGAACAUCAAUUUCGUAAAUACCUUGACUCGGCUUUUUGUUUGAAGUAGAGGUUCUGCUCUAACUAUCAUUGUACGAGCGUGCGCUGGAUUUGACAUGGUAGAUAGUCGUGCCUCGUUGGUCAUACAUGUAGCUAUCUCAUUUCUAACGAGCAAUAGGGGAAAAAGUGUUUAAUUAAAAAAUCUUUAAAGAAAUAUCUAAAAAUCUGCCACACACGUCACAAAAAUUGCUUGGUUUAUUGCCAUGUUUGUGAUCCAUGAUACAAGAGCACAGGUACCAUGGCCUCGGAACCAAUUGAACCUUGGAAUCGCAACAUAUCUUGGCUCCCUUUCGAAAGUUAUUUGUAUCACAUUACUUCUUUUCAAAACUACGUUACAUUGACGAAGGAAUCGCUUAUUAUUGACCACUCAAAAUUCACUUUUCAGCAGUACAACCCCAAUCUUUGCCUGCAGAGUGUUUAAACCGUCUGUAAUUUUUUUUCUUCAGAGAGGAGCUUCAACAGUGUUUGAAUAUAAUCUUUGGCUGUCUGUCUGGUGCGGCCAUUCUUUUACCGGAUUGGCAGAGACCUCCACUUGAAAACAUGUAAGGGCUGGUUUGAAAUUUUGCAAUGAUGUCAGUUGUUGACUUUGUCAAGAAGGACUCUUAAUUGUUUACUUUUAAUCUCAUUUUACAGAGGUCUGAAGACUCUCGUAAGUCGUGGACGAUUUCAGAAUACUGUCUCUAUGGAUCCAGGUAUUAGACUUGGUAGCACAUUGCUUUUUACUGCCUAGUGAAGCUCAGCUAAGCCCAAAAUUCUAAAGCUCUUUCAUCCUUUUCUCAGAUGUAUCCAUGGGAGAAGACAAUUCACGAGCAAGGAUAGCGGAGUUGAUCCACAAACUGUUAGGUAAUCCAGCCACAGAUGCAUACAUUGCUGCUGAAAUUCUCUACAGCUUGAUGUGUGCUUUAUUCACAUAUAAUCCGGAAAUGCGUACAGUGAAAUACGUGCAUGAGUGAGCGAGGGGGUGAAUGAGCGAGCGUGGGGGUGACCAUGCGAGCGUGGGAGUGACCGUGCGAACGUGGGAGUGACUGUGCGAGCGAGCAAACGCGCACGCAAGUGAAUGGAUAGUUUGUCUUAGGGAUAAGACAAUUUUUUUAAUGACUAGAAUUUUAAUCAUCUUUGUUUUAUCAGCUCAUCUUCUUUGCCACCACGAGGAUCACACCAAGGCGCUUUUGAUUAUUGUCAAGGUAAUAAACAAUUUUCAAAUCGAUUUUUAAUUAUUUUCGUCGCUAGUUGUGCCUCUUUAUGUAGUUCGGGCGGUUCACACUUAGUCAUUCCUUUCACAUUUGGCAGAUCUACGAUCUUCUAAUGCUACAUGUGGGAGGCCAAAGGGAAGAGUUUGAUAGCAGGUGAAGCUUUUCAUCCUUUUUUGUAACCCAUCAUUUGUGUAAUCCAUCUAUAUUUACAUUCUCUCUGACGAUGGUCUAACGCUCGAGACGUCAGCUUCGAAACUCUUUUACGGUGGCCAAUUUACGUUAUCAACUCAGUUGAUAACACUAAAUUACCCUGUUAUACUCUCCCACCAACACAGUGCCACAGUUUCUCUAGAACCUUACCCCCUUUAUCCAUCUACAUUUAGUUCGUUUCGAAUAGUUUUUUCAUGCUGUGUCGCUGAAAGUACGGUUCCAGUCAAAGAUUAGAUGACAGUCCCUCGAAAAUUGGUUAUACAAUCAAGACUGGAGAAUUUUUGUCGGCCCGUCAAAAGAAAAUUUUUGAGUCAGUUCUCGGGAAGUUCGACAGAAGAAUGCAAAUUCUCUUCCUUUCCAAUGAUACUCGACGAAAAGCAGGGGGUAACUUGUUAUUAAUUAGCAUGCUACCGGGGGGUAGCAGCCAAAACAAAAACCAAAAUGAUUUGUUCAACCAACAGGGAUUAGGAAGGCCGUGCGCCAUGCGCGUAUGGCGCAUAAAGCUACGAAAUGGCCUGUUACAAAAAUACUUACCGGGCCUGUGAUGCGCCCUGACCGCACAAAGCUAGUGAAAUACAAACUAUUUUGUGAAAAGGAUUGUAAUUUGUAAAAGUUUCACUUUGGUGAGACAUAAACAAGCGAAAAACUACGGUGCCUUCGCUCGUUUGAUCACGCUCGCUUUAUUCUUGUUCUCAGAUUCUGAACUCGGACUUUGCAUGCAAACGAGGCUAUUGCUCGGAGUUCCAUGUGCUUUCGUUUUCGAGCAGAGUUCGAGCGUUUUCGUCGCUUUGAAUGUAUUUGCAUCGAUUAGCCUCAUGCCUCCGAAAAAAAUCUUGAGAUUGGACAGCUCGCAGAGAACGUUGUCUACAUUUUUCAACACAACAGCGGAACAGAAUCGUGAUACUGUGAGCGAAAACGACCGUGAAACGGACGAAACAGAUAUAGGUAUAGACUGUAAUACACAAGCAAUAAACCUUUGUUAAAAUUUUUACUGGCCCAUUUAUUUACCCUAAUGGCCCAAACGUUUUAUAAAUGGCCCAUAACUUUCCAAUGAUAGGGGCCAUAGGCUCAUUUGCCUGUUAAACCUUCCUAAUCCCUGAACCAAUAACUCGAAAAACAGAGUUUUCAUGCAUGCACUAGGUGAACGUGGGUUACAAACUCACCUGAACUAUUCCAUGUUAUAGCAACUUAAAUGUAAUCGCUUUUCUUUUCUGUAGAUGGCGAAGUGCGAGUGCCGUUAAGAAAGCCAUGGAAGACAAGGUAUCGACCGUGUCUAUAGUCUACAAUCCCCAAGUCUUUUCCUCCUGUUUUCGAAACCUACGACGCUUGUUAGAGUGAUAGUCAGGCGCACUUUCUAUUGAGUGUCGAAAGUGAUUCGGAAUUUCUUAAGUAUUGUUUUACCUCCCACGGUUGCGAGUCCAGCUAACUCGGGCCACUUUUCCAACCGAUCAAAUUCAAAACUAAAAAACCAACCUUGACUUAUUGACUCCAUUUUUCUCGCGCUCCAGGCGGUUGACUUAUUUUUACUUUAAUUCUCGUUAUGAUCAUUUUCUUUUGAUGUCAGUAUUUGUUGUGAUGUCUUUGGUUUCGGGUUUACGACGCUCGAUCCAGACCCCCUCUCGAUUUAAGUUAGUUUGUCUUGUGGGAAUAAUGUUACCCGCACCUCGUAUAUUAUUCCAAUCUUUUAGUGGCGAACUAAAAAACGCCUCGUAUUGAUUUCAUGCGGGCAAAAUUCUUCACAAACCGUUCGUUAUUUCUUCUUCAAAUUUUUAAAGCGGAAAUGAUCUUUAAAACAACUCGAUGUCCAUGUAGCAUUUGCCUCUCCACGUUGUGUCACGCUAUAUGCAUAAUUUAAAAAUAUAUCACUUGUAAGUGAAUUAUGUAGAAGUGUAUUGUAUUUAGGGGCAGACCACGAUUUUUUAAGAGGGGAAAAAAAUAGUGAAAAAACUGUUUGCGAAAGAAAAGAAAAAUGCAAAACGAAGCCAAAAGUUGUCAGCAGAAUGAAACAACCGAAUAAAAUUAUUCUCAUACAAAACGUCAUGACAAAUUUUUAUCUUAAGCGGAUAUUUAUCCCUCUCCUUCUUAAAAAAAAAAACAGUUUCGUUCCAAUCUUAAAGCAAAGUUGGUAGUUUUGGUAGCAUUAACCUUUUCCCUUCCCCCGUUAGUAAGCAUUGGUAAAAAAGUGGUACAAUACUUAAGUGUUUUUAACUUAAAACGCGUUCUACGUACAGCUUGCAGGGAAAAAGAAACACGUCAGACCACUGCUUAUUGAACGAGUUCAGCUACAACACGAGGUACGCUCAAAUAACCGUCAUGGCACACCUAUAGUUUAUCGUAUUCUUUUUCCAAAUAAUGUAAUACCCCAUUCAGCAAAGCUUUAACGUGUUUCAGAGUUGUUUUGUGAAACACAGUUUAAUUUUUUUUCUUUGUAGGAAAUUGUUACUUAAACCUCUUACUUAAAUUGUAGUGCAUUCGAAAUGUAAGUUAGCAAGUACUUGAAUCCUAUGGAAAAAUAAAGUUUUUCAGUUCUCUGUUUAUGAUUUUCAUUCUGUAAACGCCAGUUUAACAAAACAUGUUUUGCUGGUGUGAAUAGGGUAUAGCGACUGGCACAGUGUAAUACACAGAAUGAGGUUAAAUAGAGCGUUAAUGAAAACUUGCAUAGUAUCUUCUCAUCAAUAUCUUUUCUCUUCAACAUCUUUUCUCGAAAGAGACGCAUCUUAGACCGGAUUUCAACGCAGUUAACAACACUACAUAAAGUGUUAUUGGACGAUUUGUUUAAACUUGCAACAACAGUGUACACAGAGGUUAGUCUUCGUUGUUUUUAUAUUUUUAUUACAUCCGUUACGAAAUCUCUUGUGAUCCUUGUUAUCUGAUUGGCUCUCAUUCACGAAUCGCACCAUUCUUUGCUCUAAAUCAGUAAGCGAAGACUGAAAUCGCAUCUUUUUCCAGCCAAUGGGGAAGCUUUACUUAUAUACAACUGCCAAUUGCUUGUUGAAAGAAACCAAUCGAAUUGCUGGAAAAUGAAAAAACAACUUUUGCAACUUUAUACAAACCAGCUUACUAGUGGAUCAGCGAAACUUUUGUUCGAACUAAAUCCGGUAUCUGAGCGACUGUAUUUUACGAUUUCAAAAUGGUUCUAAUAAAGUGGUUAUUGAACUGAGUUGAGUGAAAUUUGGUUUGAAAUCGAACUUGUGACUCCAAAUCACGCAUAUGAUUUCAGUUCAAAUUUCACUCCACUCGUGUCAAUUACCAUUAUUUAUACUUUAAUUUAACUUAAUUUAAUUUUUUUUUCACAUCACUUAUAAUUAUUGAUAAAAAAGUUAAUAAACUCAUAAAAUAAUCACGCUAUUAAUAGUUAUACUAAUAAUGUCGGUUAAACCUCCUACACAUCAGGUAAUGAUUACAUCCAACAAAAUCAAAUUAUUUUUCCCAUACUUUUUUCUUACCUCGUUUUCUCAAUUUCUAUUUAUUUAUUUAUUUAUUUAUUUAUUUUUUUUUUUUUUUUUUUUGCGCUCUGCAUUAGUUUUUCAUGGUUGUCCAUGUCUAACGAAAUAUCUCAUAGAAACAUCUUUGAAAGUGUCGCAGGUUUGGCGUAUGAUUUCUCUCUCAUGAAAAGAAAACAGGAAAAUCAAGUUGAAACGUGGCACUACUCUGAUGAUUUUCACUUUGACGCUCGUAAAGUGCGUCAUAUUUUACCUGUAAGACAUAUUAUGGAGCAGUGUCGGCGGUAUCUGGUGCGUCUUGAGGACCAUAUUUUCACAUUUUUUUCGGCAGGUUCGUAUCAAAGCUCAAAGAGUCUUGUCUUCUUGUAUCGAUGUGUUUGAUAACUUCGCCCGCACUUUGGUUCCACCAACACUCUCCAAGCUUCAGAACAAUCCAGAUGUCUCUCAUGAAGAAUUCAAGGUUUGUUGCCCUUUUAUAGUGGGCUACAAUUGUAGUUUGAGCCGGAAAUUUUUACAAUUUUCACACGUUUUGCGACUUUCUAGCAAUUUUCUCAUGCAGUGGUUUGAGAUCAGGCGCUACCUCAAGUGACUGUUACAGGAAUGUUAUCUGAAUGAACGUACUUUCCUAUUUGAAUGAGGUAGCGCCUUUGCCUAGGAACAUUUUAUUAACAGCCUCUUUUCCUUCCUUUUUUUUUCUUUUUAUGAAUUUAUGAAUGUGCUUUUUCAUUUAUUUCAGCUUUUUACGCUCUUCAUCAAGAGAGUUUUGAAAAUUAAUGUCCGUUUCUUUGUCAGUUUUAAUUUGAUUAUUCCAUGGCUAUAUUGUUGGUGGAGUCAUCGUGUAAAUUUGUAACUCACCCUAGGCCUCCUGAGGCCCCUGGAAAACCUCCAUGUUUCCCUUAGACAGGGAAACAAGCUCUCCUGGGACCCGUUUCUCGUUUACUGAAAAGAGAAGCAGGCUCUGACACCCUAACCAGUCCAUUUUGUUUCUUUAACAGCUAAUUUCAUUUUAUCAUUCUCAACAUUUUUAAUACCCCCAUGUUCAGUGAAAACAUAACAGCUUUACGGGCCCGUUAAAUUAACGGAACCUUCGAGAAACGGGGCCCUGUUUGGCUUCCGCCUUACGGCCCCUUCGCCCAUGAAAGGGGUCCUUUCCAAGGCAUAGCCGCCUAUUAUUACACAUUCGGCAGCCGCCUUGGGGAAAAGGUACUCAAAACCUCGCCUUACGUCGUGAAUGCGUCUCAUGUAUCCUCGGGCCGUUUUGUUUUAGGGUGCGCUCUAUGUGUUGCUGAAUAACCGCAUGUUGUUCCUGAUAGUGCACUAUUGGGAGGUCAUGGUGGACGUUUGGCCAGUUAUUAUUCAGGUAGUUACAGCAUUUGAAAUAGGCCAUGUUCAGUUUUUGCUCAUUGUUGUUAUUGUUGGGUUUUUGUUCUUUUUUUUGUAUCGUUUUGUUUAAAUGGCUGUAAAUGUAUAAAACCCAUAUUUAGGAAAUAUGGAAAUUUAUGUCGUGAUAAUGAACUUUCCUGAUAGGCUGACCAUUCUGAGAAACCUUCAAUUAUAACUCUGAUUACAAUGCUGGCUGAGAAAAUGGUGAAGAAAUACGACACAGUGGCUAUCAGCAGAACGGUAGGAUCCAAUUCAUAAUGAUAUUCUUUCUUUCUUAAGUUCGUUGGUUUCUUCAUUUUAUCUUUUCUUUUAAUAUGUUUUUCGCUAUCGUGUCUUGAAAGAACAAAAAGUUAUAAAUGAUCUUAAAACCAGACUUUUUUCCUCCUAUUUUCAAUUUUUUUCUCAUUUAAAUUUUUGCUAGUAAGCCGAAUGAUUGCAGGGCCGAACGGCAUUUUUCGGACCGGCUCCCGUCAACCUCUCCGGCCCUACGCACGUCAGCUUUCACUGUCGUCAGUUUUGUAUGGGCUUGCAUGAGCGGGGCCGUACCGGUCGUAUGAUAAUCCCAAUUAAUGCGAAAUAAAAAGUGAUAAGUAGAAAGGAAAACAUAAGUUUGUAAUAUCGUUUGAGUUGACACCAGAUAAGCAAUGUAUGAAAUAUUGUGCAGAGAAAUGAGAACUUGAUCUUGGUGGUUAAUGGGUUAAUUCCUGUCGUUCUCUGUCAUCCUUAACCAUCCUGGGUGCUUUGGUGGCUUACUUUCACCGCUUUGGGUUUUGGCAACUCAAAACCACAGAACUUUCGCCAAAGAAUUAGGCCGUUGACUUGUUUUGAAACGUUUUCGAAAACUUCAAUUCAAUUUGAGGCGAGAUCGGCCAUUAGAAUGCUAGAAUGGUUUACGUCGUAAUUUCGUAACCGCGCCGGUAUUUGUAUCUACCUACAGUACGUACAAUUGUUGUUUGUGAUCUCUGAUUCAUCUCCAGGUGACCGAUGCUGCAGUUGAGCAAGCUAAGCGACUUUUAAACUCCACUGGACCGACCCCUCAAAGUCAUCUGAAGGCUCUCCCAAGUCCGACAGAGACAGCCCUACCAACCGAAUUAGAACUGAAAGAGAGCGAAGAGGCCUGGAACACAACGCGAGAGAGUAAUUUAAGGUAGCUAGAAACACCAUGACAACAACCAUGAUCAUUUCGAUUACAAGAAACAGCUCUCAAUUUCAUCUAAUUUCUGUCAUCUUUGCUUCAUCUGGUCCUGAGCAGUGAACGUCACAAAUGUCUUCGAGCGGAAUAAUUCAUUGUUCUCCAUGAUUUUGUUACUCCUGGCUUUGUAUGAUAUUUCUUCGGAUUCCUCAUUUAUAAGAUCUUUCUUUCUUCUCAGGAAUUAUCAAAAACUCGUUAGUAUACUUGUUGAUAUGCUGGAGGGCGAGAAUUUGUAAGUUAUUUUCCUUGUUUUUGCAGUUUAAGUUUAGGAGUUUUAAUCUAGCGUGUGAAAGAUGCCUUUCGCGCUGGACUACGGAGAUCGAACGGUCCAGCUUCGUACAUGGGCCGGAUCAACUGUAAAAUCUUCACAACAAGACCCUUCAAUCCCACAGGGCCUCUCUCCACCUAGGAAUGUAAAUAGGAAUCAUUAAAUUGUCGGGGAAACUAGACGAAAUCCUUGUCGACCGUAGGAGCGGGGGUGGGGGUAGGGAGGGUUAACCUUGUGACCUCGUGGUAGAUUAGUAUGUUGUCAAGAGAGUAGUUGCUAUGGUCUUACUCGUUUUCGGGAUAAACUCGGGAAACGAUCCUCGUGGAUCGUAAGCUAAAUUUAUCCAACAUAUACCUCCCAGGCACAUUGCUUGUAUAGCCAUUGGACCUUCCACUUGUUAGCCUCGCCAGAACCUUUUUUCCAUAUUCCUGUAUCCUUGAAACAGUAUCCCUGAGAAGUUUGUAUUCCAGCUUGUAGUUCCAUUGUUUUGCACUGAAUAUAUUUAUGUCAUAAAUCCUGUGUAAUCCUCUUGUAUUCUUCUGUUUUCAGACGCUGGCGUUAUCUUCAGAUUUGUUUCAGUUUCCUCUUAAUGCUAAUCCGUUAUGAUGUUCCCCUGCCAGCAAACGCAGUGAACCUGUGCGUGAAGUUCCUCAAUCAUGAUGCAUUAGUAAUUAGAAAGGUAAAUUACGUGAUGGGCGAGCAAUUCCUGUCAUUUGAUUUAAAUUAGAAACUGAGUCGACUAUUUAUGGUUUGGUUUUGCAGCAGCCAUUUCUUAUUAAUACGAUGCCAGCUAGUGCGAAGUCUGGAACCAAAACUUUUCUGGAAACCGCUGUGAACUUCUCUGUCUGUUUCUCAAGCAGUGACCGUACUUUCCGAUAUUUGAGGUGAAAUUUGCGUGGGUGUCCCGACCCUGGUAAAUUUUUAGUUUUAGACUUUGCACUAGCUGGAGUGGUCGCUAAAAAAAAGUAGAAUAUCAACGCGCUCGCAAUAAGAUUCUCCUCCAAUCUAAUAGGUUGUAAAGGGACCUACACAGAAGUCGAGCGUGAAUCAAAGUAUGAAAAUAUGGCACUUCCCCUGACUUGUUCUUUAAUCUUGUAUAAUGCAGUCUCGCUGACUCAAAAAAUAAAAUUGGUUUUAAUACAGAGCGAUGUGAAAUAGAAAAAGAGCGGUGAUAAAUUCUGAGCCCAGUUAUGAAUUAGAUGAAGACAAUUUUCGUCUCGUCAUAAGCUUAGAACAAAGCAAACAAUUCCUUCGUCCUACGCUCGUGAGAAGACGAAAAACAUCUUUCUCUAAGAUGUAAAGUGUUUGUCACAAGCUUGGAACAAAGACAAAAUCUAACUCGUCCUGUAGGAUUCAAACACUUGAGAUCCUGCGUUCGGUUAUUUAACCGAGGUUCACAAAACCUUUUUUACAACUUUGAAUUCAAAUAAAUAUCAUUUGACCUGCACAUGAACUUCAAGUAAAGCACUGAUCCUGGUAGGUGUGUUGUAAUUGAAGCAAUUUUAGAAAAGAAGCGCCCACGGGAUUCCAACCCAUGCCUCCCAGAUACCGGUUGGGCGCUGUUUCAAAACUUAUUGGUGAGACAAGGCAUUAAUCAAGUUCUUAUGGGAUACGCGUCCGGCAUUCAGCUGGAAUCACGCAUGCUUUUAAAGAGCCCUUCUGCCCAUAGUAAGUCAAAGCAACCAUAGUACUUUCAUUGUACUGUCUUUCUUGUUAAUGCCCCAUUCGUUGUCAUCGUUUUUUGUUAGCUCGCAAUAGACGCCGUUGGAGCAGUCCUUAAACAGCAGAAAAGACCGCACGCUAAAAUAGUGGUCAAUCCUUACACUGUUGGUAAGCCUAGCUCAGUAUAUUUUGUAACCUUAGCAAAAGCAUGGCCAAAAAGAGCGACAGAAUGCAUCUAGUAACACCUAAUUUUCUUAGUAAUUUAUUCAGAGGGUGCGGUAGAACCCCUGUUCUAAAGACACUCUGGAGGAUAUUGAAAAUGUGGAUCAAUGUUAGUGUCUGAGCAACUACGCUCCCCUAACCAGUCAAUUGAUAACAAGUUAAGAUUAAGGCUGGUUUGUAUCUGAUUUACUAAUAUAAGAGGCCGAAUAAUUUCGUUCAAGGAAAACGUCUUAUUCAGCAUAAUUUUUUUCCCUCUUCAGCUGGAUUACCCGAGCCAACGACAACAGUUAUUCAGCCAGGCGAUCGGGAGGAUAACAAGUGGUAUAAAUAACUUGCACAUUAUUUGUGUUAAGCUCGAAAGUAUUUCAAGUUGGCAUGGACUUCAGAAUACAAAAAAGCAUCUGUUUUGGUUGAACAUAACAGAUGCAUCUGAUUGGUUGAACAGUGGUUCCAGUCUCCUUUACCAGUUACGAAGCCUAAAACAAAGGAAAAAAAAAACUAAGUGAUCCCACAGUGUCUUCAACAUUAUAUAGAUUGCUCCAUGAAGGUUGAUAAAAUGUUGAACGGUUAAAAAAUGAAUUCAGGAUUGAGCUGUGCAGGAAAUACCGUAUUUCUUCGAAGAAGCGCACGGCCGCUAAUUUGUAAUCUCGGCUGAAAAGUAGGGGGUUGGGGCGCUUAAUCGAGGUGGAGGAGGGGUGCUCAUUAAGCUAGCUUAGUAGUAGGGCAAAUAUCAAAAGAAAGGAUAUCUCACAUAAAGGAACUCUGCAAACUUGUUAAGAUAGAAAUAACUGGAGGAGAAAGAAAAUUAUUCUCCUGUACUGAUUUCGCUGUAGUUUAAACUCUAAAAAGUUAUAGAUAAAAUGAUAAUAAUCAAAGAUUGUGAGGGAGGACGGGGGUGGGACGGGGGGGGGGGGAAUGGUUGUUCGAGGGGGCGCUCGUUUUUUAUUGAAGAAAAUAGAUCAUCAUCUAUUAUUAUUCUCAUCAUCAUUUUCAUCAUCGCUAUUAUCAUUUUUAUUUUUAUUACGUUUUAUUUUUCUUAUUCAGGCUGCAGUACUCGUCUGCUGUUGUCCCGAAAACAAAAAGUGAAUGGGAAAGCUUUGUUUUCAUAGACAAAACACACUGGGGUUACUAUACUUGGCCAAAGUAAGUAUUGCUAACUUAUGGGUCAACGGAGGGUUCGUAGGUGUCCUGGAAAACCUGAAAAGUCGUAGAAUUUUAUUUUGACAUUUACCAGGACUGGAAAGUCCUGGAAAAAGACUACAGAUCCUAGAAAGUCCUAGAGAUCUGCUUAACUCAAGCAAUAAAGAUAUCAGAAUUUACGUUUUAAGAAACGUGCGUAGACCGAAAGGAGAAUGGAUUUUGCAAUCUUGGGAAUGAAAGGGGCUAAGGUGAAAUUUGCUGUCGUGGAAAAAAUAAUCUGAAUCCUGGAGAAGUCCUCAAAAAGUCGUUGACUUUUUACUGAAAAAGGGUACGAACCCUGAUAACGAUGAUAAAUCGUUUUUCCGUCAUUGGUUUACGUUACAGGGUAGCUAAUUUCUCCUGCAGUUUUCAUCAAUUUCCCCGAUAAGCUCACUCUAAUGGGUUAUUUCCGAUAGAGUCUGAAACCUAGUUUUGGGGGCCAAAGCGAGGCUUGGAGUAAUAGAAGGAAACCUGAAUGCAGAUUUCGAACAACAGAACAAUCACUGAAACGUUGCUGGUGCAACUCGCGACUAGACUCGCGCGGCUAAAUAUAUCGGAAAUGGGCCAUUAAAAACUAGAUUUCUGGAAAAGAUCAUAUACGAUGUUAAAAUGCGCCAAGGACAAAAACAUGGCACACGAGGUGCAGCCGAGUGUGUCGCUGAUGUCCUCACCAUCUUUCGACAUCCCACAUCCAUUACAGAACAGACGUAUGGCAAGAUCUAUUUGUUUGACAAAAUAAUAGUGAUGUCAUCUAUACGUCUGUCCCCUAAUAGAUUAUAAGGAAGAUGCAAUUAAAACGGGUGUAUGAUUCAACUUACUGUAUGAAUUUGAAAUGUUCAAUGGCUCCUUUUUAUAUAGAAAACUGUUGACUUACGCGUCUGCAGACAAGCAACCUCUUCUGGGGAGAACGCGAGAUCAACUUUCAGAGGUAAACAACCACCGACAGAAUUUUAUCCUUUUUGUGUGUGUGUUGUUUAUCCGUUCUUCCUUCGUUUGUUUUGGUUGUUUUUAUCCUUAUUUCUUCACGCGCACCACGCUCUCUCUUUUAGCCUUGAGUUUUCGUUAACAAACUAGCCAUGACACCUUUUACCGCCGCCCAUGACACCUUUACCGCCUAUGACACCUACCGCCUUUACCGCCUAUGACACCUUUUACCGCCACCUAUGACACCUUUUACAGCCGCCUAUGACACCUUUUACCGCCGCCUAUGACUCCUUUUACCACCGCCUUCGACUCCUUUUGCCACCGCCUAUGACACCUCUUACCACCGCCUAUGACACCUUUUACAACCGCCUAUGACACCUUUUACCACCGCCUAUGACACCUUUUACCACCGCCUAUGACUCCUUUUACCACCGCCUUCGACUCCUUUUACCACCGCCUAUGACACCUUUUACAGCCGCCUAUGACACCUCUUGCCACCGCCUAUGACACCUUUUACAGCCGCCUAUGACACCUUUUCCCUUUGGUUAAAAGGUCAAAUCAGAUCGAAGUUACUCACUUGAAUUUUAUUUUUUUACGUUUCAGGAGGAACGGCACAUAUACGACUCAUUUAGUCAAGAAGAAUUUACGUCGAAAUUUAUUAACUUUCUGUCUUUAGAAGAUAGAAAAGGAAAAGAUAAAUUCAACCUUCAUCGUUUUAUGUUAUUUAAGGUUAGAAAUGAAGCAUAAUUCUUAAAUCGCGUGUCCGUAAGCUCUUUGUUUUCACUCUGUCAAAGAAAGAGAGUUGUAAGCAUUAGCAAGUUUUUUUCUAAUAAUAGCCAGUAACAGGAACUUUGAUAGUUAAGUGGACAUAGCUAAAUUGCUACUAAGUGAAAUCCUGCAAGAGUGAUCCUGUCUCAGUCUCUAAGUAAUCUUGUCACGCAAAGGGUUCUAUAGAGAGUGUUGCGAGACGAAACCAGACAACAAAUGCGAAGGAGACAGCCGACCUCCUUGAAAGCUUUUUGUGUGAUUGCUAGUCAGUUUCAGUAGUAGCUACAGAGAAAGCUGCUACAUGGAAUGUUCCAAACAAACUCUAAGUUUCCUUUGUUGGAUAUUUCUGUGACAUAUACAUAUCUGUUGUUUAACUGGCGGGAGAUCCGUAUUGGAGAAUUUAAGACCAAAGGCAUAGUUUUUUUCUCAUACGGCCUACGCAGAAAGGUGGUUUGCUUCGUUCCGCUUUGCCGCGAAUUGCGGUUAAAUAAUUCCGGACCGUGGUCCGUAUUGAAAAACGAACGCACGAUUAACCAGUGAGAUUCGAGGAUUGAGUUUCCGGCCAGCAGAGAUACUUCAUAACCCUAUAAAACUGUAUUUUUUUUUAACAGGGUCUCUUCAGAAACUUUGACGAUGCAUUUUUAGAUUUAAUAAAGCCUCACCUUGAACGACUUUGUAUAGACUCGCAGGUAAGGCCUAAUUUAUUGUUUUUAAGUCGUUGCAUUAAUGUCGCAUUAAUGUUAAUAAGAACUCUGUAAAUAAUUUGUUUUUAUUCUUUCCAUAACAUGUGAACCGUUUAUUUGUUGAUUUGCAGGAGAGUAGCCAACGUUGUGCUGUGGAGAUCAUCGCCGCUGUCAUACGAGGAUGCAGACACUGGAAAUUUGAAACGGUAUCUAACGACGUUUCUCUGUAAAGGAAAACUUAACGAGGUCCUUGGGUUGUCCUUAAUUUCACUUAGCCCAAUGUAGAGAGUUAUAAGUAUUCAUUCUAGACACAACUUUCUUUAUGAGCGACAUUUAUUUUUGGUCAAUAUGACCGGUUGUCGUCAAACUACGUUUACCCUUGUACCCUAAGAGUGACUAGCAUCCAAACUUCCUCACAAUAUCACCCCUGAAUCACAAAUUAAGGUCACUAUAGGAAGGGAAAUGAUCACCAACCAAAGAAGCUCUCGAUUAUUAAACAAAUUCUCUUUGAUAGCAUCUAAGGUAAUAUAUAGAGAACGGUGGAGAGACUAUGCAUACUGAUGUUAAGACGUUAGGGUUAAUGAGGUGUACAAAAUUGUCUCUGAAUAUGCAACAGUUGCGCGUCGUGCAACAUAUACUCUUACCUCGUCUUUUCCUGCCACUUUGUUUUCGUUUUUUUUCCUCUUCUCAUCGCUGUCUUAUCAGGGGGAAGGAGUCGUCUCCGAGUACUGAAUUUUUUUGCUUUGAUUAUUAUUCAUUCGUAGUUGGAGAGCCUGUGGGACUUUUUAAUUCCUCUUCUGAGAAAAGCCCUAUCUGCCGUAAACGUCGAGACCCUAGAGGACUGGGGCACUUGUAUGGCAACUGCUGUGGUGAGACUCUCCUAUGAAUAAUCUACCGUAUGCGUUAUAUUUAAUUUAUAAAGAGGAAAAAUGAUAGUCAUAUGAAGCGUAAAAUCAGCAUACUGCGCCGGAACAUCUCCUUAUGCUUAGUAGUAGCAAUGGUCACCCGAGGUAGCAAACCAGAAGGAGAAAUUAACCACGUGACCGGCGUGGGCCAUUCAGAAUCAAGAAUAAGUAAUACUUUAUUCAUUGUCUAUCUGAUUGGCCCAGACCGUUACGUGGUAAAGUUUCUUCUUCUCUGAUUGGCUACCUCGUCAUUGGGAGAAUAUUGUUAUUUGAAAUUCAUCGCAAUAAUCUGUCUUGCUACAGGAGAAUCAGGAUCCACGCCGAAUUCAUCGCUUUUUAGAAAUGUUACUUGAAGACCCUUUGGAUGAUCAACGUGGUUCCUUCUCUGAUUCAAGGUUGGCUGCUUUUUCUGAUUCUUCUUUUGCUGUAGUGCAGAACACCCAUUGCUUGUUUGCCCGUGCACCAGUCGCACGAACCUCUCUCUGGGUCACCCUCUCCCAUUCAUCAAGUCAAGUGUUUUUCGUUGCCUUUAAGCUUCUCGUUUUUAAAGUAUUACAUGUGACUUGUGUGUGUGUUUCUCUUCCUUUUCAGUCGUUUGUACUUUAUCCAAGGAGCGCUGUUUCAGCAGGAGUGGCGUGUUCCUGAUUUAUUGCACCGCUUGAUGGGUGUAUUAGAGCGUCAUCUAAACCAUCCGUACAAAAACGUACGUGAUCGACUGGGAAGGUUAGUAUGCUAAAGUUUUUUUUGAAAGCUUUGGACAUGGCAGGGCCUUUGGACAGUAAUGGCAGACAGCAAUAACACUGAGAUUAUCACUCAAUUCCCUCAACCUGGAAAAGCCUGCGCACUCGAUAUUCGAGGUCUUACUCGCCUCCAGGCUUUGCUGCCCACAUAACCUGCCUCGGAAGGUUAUAAUACAAACCCAAUAUGCCAUAUCAAAAUUAGACUGGGAAAUGAUUCUUACAUGUUGUACACUAGCAGUUGGCUCAGGCCGCGAAAGUGAAGAAAUUGCUGAUCCACCCUCCAUCCAGUUAGUCGUGCUUGAUAUCUUCCACCCAGUGGUUCAUUCUCUAUCUUCUUUGCACAGCAUACAUGCGUAAUACUAUACUAGGAAAUAACCUUUUAAUUACUGAUUUAUUGUCUUGUCCGCAGUGUUCUAUGUAGUGCUUUGAUGUACGACCUCAAGUUACGUAGCACCGCACCUACCCGCUCUCCAAACAGGAAGCAGUUUGUGAGCAAGAUACUUCCGCAACUGGCGGGACUACAAGAAUUAGCGCGUGAGAAGGAAAUCAUGAGCGGAAGUGAUGUCAGUGUAACGAACUCGGAGGAGACUGGAAGAGAGAAAGUGAAAGAUGGGUCACGUGAAAGUGAUGAGAGAAAGGAAGCCAUCAAGCGACUAAAGACAAGUAAGAUCUUACGACUUUUGAUCGUAGGGUUCCCCUGUAUUUUUGUAUUUUCUUCCUCUUCUUCUUCUUCUUCUUCUUCUUAUUAGUAGUAGUAUUUUUACUAUUAUUAUUAUUAUUAUUAUUAUUAUUAUUAUUACUGCUAUUGUUACUUUUUCACUUCCCUGUUUUUGCUGGCUUUUUCUUGAGCUGGUCACAUUUCUGAUUUUUUUUUUUUUUUUUUUUUACUUUAAUGAAUGAAUACAUAUAUUUUUGUUUUUUGUCUUUUUUAGUGACAAACUGGCUUUUAUCACACGCUGUUCGCUCUUUAAACAGUUGCCCUGAGGAAUUCUUCGACCUUCUUCCUGUGGUGAGCAAUCUUAAUAUCAACAACAUUCCCAUACAAUUUGUCAAUUGAAAUAAUUUUUGUUGCAAGUUGAAAGGAAAGGAUGUUUUUAGCCGGGUGCUAGGGUUGACUAACGUACAUUUUAGGAAAUGCUUUUUAAACUGGAAAAGACGGCAGAACUAAAUUUUGCAUCUCUUUUUGAAAGAUCCAUCAGAAAAAUAGAAAAAUCUCUCUCUUUCACAAGAAGUGCGUACAUUUGCACAAAAUUAUAAUGUAGAAUGAAAGGCAGGAAGCAAAAUUUAUAAACCGACAUUUGCCUGAUGAGUCAACCCUUUAAUCCCGUAGAGUGACUAGCUUCUGAUUCCUCCCUACAGUAACACCCGAGAGGCAAACAUCAUAAGAAUAACAGACUUGAUCUCAAAAUAAAAAGUCCAUGAGUGCCACUCAAAUUCCCUCGUCAGUACCGUAGGAAAUGUGAAGACAACAGUGUGAAGAACAUAAAUACUGAUGUUAGGGUGUGAACGGUUAAAUGAAGGAUUUUGUCCCAUGCUUUAAGUUAACUGAGUAAUUUUUUCAUUUGUCUCUAAAAGAUCAUUCUUUUUGACUCUCAAGAAGACGACCCCGAACUUCAACUCUAUUGUCACAGGGUAAGUGUUACCUUUAAACUCUCAGAUGAGGUCAACAUGUAACGCCUCCUUAUAUAGUCGAUAUAUUAUCCAUAAGACAGGUGGUGAGAAUAGACAACGGAGCAGGAAGAAGGUAGUAACUUUAAUAUAACUUAAAAUUCUGAGCCUAUGAACAAGGACGUGUAUGGCAUCAAAACAGAAAAAAAGGAAAGGCGAACACGAACAGUCAAUACUGUUUCUUGAUUCCUUUCUCCUGCACUAAAGUUACCUGAAUCUCUUUUUCCCGUAGACCAUUUCCUACUUAUCUCAAAUGGAGCUUCCAUUUAGUUUGAUUCCUGUGGCGUUACAGACAGUCAAACAGGUAGGUUAAACUUUAUAAUGUCUCUGGAACAAAAUUAUGUUCAUUUUUCACAGAACGAGAAAGAAAACAAAUUUCGUAAUUUCAAACGAUCUCAUAGUGUUCUUUCUUAUUUAUCGUCUGUUCAAAACUACUGAAGAACAAUCCAAGGUUUUUCAAGACGCAGGAAUUAUGGGAAGGGCACGUGACAUAAAAUAACUAUUCCAAAGCAUUACCUGUUGUGACCGGCAGUGAGCAAAGUAAUGAGGAAAUGACUAAAAACCUUGAAAUGAAAUUAGCUUCUAAAUGAUGAAAUGAGGCUCUUUGCUCGCCCCUGGAUCGGUUCCAAAAUGUUUUAACAUUUUAACGCUAUUAGUUCAAAGUGUGUCCUCUAAGGUUGGAAUGUUUCUUAUGGUAUUUCGUUACAGAUCGCCAGCAAUAACUUGUGGCACCCCAGGCGAAGCAUUUUGGAAUACCUACAAGUGAUGAUUUUCGCCAACCUCUUUGCUAUCGCUAGUAACGCGAAGUUCGUGUCAGAUGUUAAGGAGCUGGUACUUAGUCUCCUAGCGGAUGAGCAACUAGAAGUAAGUGAGUCCUGGUGUAAUUCUGGCGCAUUCAGUAUCAGUUCUGAGCGGUCACAGCUUUUUAUAAUCAGUAGCAAAACCGAGAAACUUAUUGGUUCCCUAAAGAGAAUCCUUAGAAAGCGUUUUGGGUUUGGCGUGUAGAUGGUGAUGUGCUGUUUAAACUGAAAUUUUUCCACUCUCAGGUUCGUGAGACGGCAGCAGCAACUUUCAGCGGUCUCGUUCAUUAUGGUUUCUUUGAACUUAACGACGAACUCCAGGUGAGGUCAAUUUGACCCCGAUUUUAAAGAACGCUUAUGAGUGCUAAAUUACAGAGGAACUCGUCUUACGACCAUCGCAUUACACGACACUUUUUCUUCCCUCAAAUGAACUGAAAGGCUAACCUUUACAUAUUUGCAAGACUUGACUCUGAUGAUGACUUUUAUUCAUAAUGUCAAAACUCCAAUCACUGUCAUCGACCACAGACUUUUUCAGAACUACUCAAUUGCACGACGCUACUAUAGAAUCUAUUAUUGGCCCAUAUGUGCUACCUUAACCCCGAUCGGUUAGUCAUGGCGGCUUGGCUUCGAUGAAAGUUAUUGAUAAUUUGGGAUCUCCAGAUCACUAUUCCAUCAUUAUAAUCUAACCUCGCUUUAUUUGCCUUUUUUAAUAUGAUUUUAUAUAAUAUGUAUUUUGAUUUUGAAUGGUAGACCCAAACCUCGCCGUUUUUGUUCGCCUUCUGUCCCCCUGACUCCCACUGACCGAGAGCUUGCCAAUUUACCAAACUGAUUUAUUUAUUACAGAAACAAUUUACUAACAUGGCGAACACUAAGCUCAAGAAAAGGAAGAAAGGUGUGGUUGGUGCAAACGGACUCAAUUAUGACGCAGGUACAAUUAAAGAACAAAUUAUCAUAUUCCUAGUCGUUUUUCUGUUUCAUCUCCUUUCAACGAUGAUGGUUUCGUCUGUUUUUCCUUAUUGAUUAACGCGACUCAACCCUAUGUGUAAAUGUGUUAAGACGUCAACUUUUUCCUCAACAAUACGUGGAAAGGUUUAUUUUUAGAUGAACAUCGUAAAACUGAGGAUAUGACAAGUGCAGCAGCCGACCACUGAAACUCCAAAGAACGAAAACAUGAAAUGAGAUCGCGGAGCAUCAUGGUGGAAUACUACUCACGAUUACUUUCCUACGACCACGUUCAUCCCUUACUUGGUUCGUCUGUAGGUAGAGGAAUCUUGAAAUAAUUCCUUUUCUGUUGUGUGAUUUUGUCUUUAGCCCUGAUCCAUCGUCACGCUGGGGUGUUGGGGCUAGCUAGUUGUGUCCAGGCCUUCCCGUACGAUGUACCGUCCUGGAUGCCGCAAAUCCUGUUGGACCUGGGUGAUCAUCUACAUGACCCACAUCCGAUACAGGUGGGGCUAGAAAUGGAAAACUUGAUUAUAGUAUUUGGAGCUGGUUAGAAAUAGAAACUAACGUACUAAUCGUUAUUUCAUUUAAAACUUAUGAGUUUGCUUUCAGUCUGCUGUAUUUGACGUUGUGCGAUAGCAUCCUAGACCUGUCGGUGAAAGUAAUGCUACUGAGAAGAACUUUCAUCUAUCACUAUCCAACGUGCUUUUAACUCCGUUUUGUCCAACGGGAACCAAGCGAUUAUAAUAAAAGUUAAUUAAUGCCGUGCGAGCAGGCUAUUAUUAGGGACCUUACAAUCCGACAACGGCGACGGCGACGGCAACGUGAGAAGUCUGAGUCGAGCGGGGCCACGUCGUGUUGGCGUUCCCGCCAAAAUUGAGAUUACGAAUUUUACGAGCGAGAACGUUGACGACGGUCAUUGAUGUUUAUCGUGUUUAAGUCAACGAAAGUUUUUUAGAAAGCCAUGCCAAAGUUCCGUGACACUAUUCUCCUGGCUCAUGCUUCCCGUUUGAUUAACGCUGAGCCAGUGAGUUCCUUGUAAAAUAAGGUUAAUCUACGAUUAUAAAUGAAAAUUAGCUCAAUGAAAGUAUUUAUACACUUUGCAUCGGUCGAAUCUAGUACCGCUGCCGACAAAAUCUCUCUACUAUUUCCUAGUAAACCCAAAAUAAAAUUAAGCUCAAUUGUUCUCUUUUUUUGAUCGAGAAAAAGGUUGGAAAGUAAGUGAUAAGAAAGCUCAGUGAUAGCGAGUGAAGUACAAUCACAAACAAAUACAAAGCAAAAUAAGUCAAAUCUCUCUCCAUUUAGUUUGUGGUCGUAUACAAAAGACUCCACGCUCUGUUCGUUUCGGAUAUUUCAAACAAACUAGUAUUCUUUAAAUUUAGUCGCAAAGUCUCGUUUUUACCUUGAUUCAUUUGCCAUAGUUGGGUUUUAAUUUCCACGUUUUCGCACAACGUCAAACAAGGCUUCUAGACGUCCGCGCGUGAAGGGACACCGCCGUCUCAGAAAUCUACUCAUGCGCAAAAUCUCUCUCCAUUCAGUUUGUGGUCGUAUACAAAAGACUCCACGCUCUGUUCGUUUCGGAUAUUUCAAACAAACUAGUAUUCUUUAAAUUUAGUCGCAAAGUCUCGUUUUUACCUUGAUUCAUUUGCCAUAGUUGGGUUUUAAUUUCCACGUUUUCGCACAACGUCAAACAAGGCUUCUAGACGUCCGCGCGUGAAGGGACACCGCCGUCUCAGAAAUCUACUCAUGCGCAGUACGUAACCGGAAGUAAAAAAGUCCCACGUCGCCGUCGCUGUUGUCGGAUCGUAAGGUCCCUAUUGGCGCUGCAGUACGAGCCGGUGAACGAAGUGAGCGUGCGAAGAUUCGUAAGUGGGUCUGGUGUCCUUGCAAACCCGUCGCAGGCCAUGUGCACGCUCGCACCGCUCUCUGACUCGAAACCCACAUACUUCGCGGCUCGUACUCCAGAGCCAAUAAGAGUGUGCUUGGAAGUUAUCGUAUGGUAUCGAGUGGUAAUUUCUUUUGUUACCACUUAUUUCGCUCCGCAGUGUGUAUAAUCGAAGCCACAUAGUGAUUUGAACAAAACUUAUCGAUCGUUUCGUACUUUUUUCGCUCUCAGGCCACUGUCAAAAAAGUCAUGUCGGACUUCCGUCGCACCCAUCACGACAACUGGCAAGAACAUAAACAGAAAUUCACUGAAGAUCAGCUGCUGGUGUUGACAGAUCUACUGGUGUCCCCGUGUUAUUACGCAUAAACAUCGAGGAACAAUUCCUCCCUCAGACCUCUGAUUUAUUCCACUCUGAACCAUCCAACGCUUAUCUUUAAGCGCCGCCUUGACUAUUACUGUUAACUAUUUUUGAGAUUUAUCCGACGUAAUCACAUGUUACUUACGUGGUCCUGUAGAAUGGAUCAUAUUUGUGCCCAACGCAGCAUCUUGUCUCGGAGAAGCUGCGUGACCUGUCACGCUAGUCACGCUAUAGAGCUUGACAGGCUGUUUAGAAUGAGAAAGCCUCUUGCUCUUUGAAGAAGAACAUGAAAGAGGAAUCCUUCCAUGUGGAAUAAUCUACGAAUUAUAAAUUUCAGGAGGUGUAAUCUUCUGGUAGAAGUUUUAUUACAUGACACUUCGUUUACAGUACUUAUCGAUAUCGUUUCAUGAACUUGGAAAUCGAACAGGUUAGCUGUGCUACUCAUGCUUAAAUAAAUGGGGAGGGGGAGGGGAGGGGGGUCUAGCUUGAAAUUAAGUAUAAGAAAGAUUGAAGUCGUGGUGAAAACAACAAAUGUGCUUUCAACCUUUCUUUAUCGUAAAUUUCAGCAGCUCUAAACUUUAAAUUGUACCUUUUAUAUACCAGAGGAUAAACUUAUGCAUGCUCAAAUCUUUUGUAACCAUAUCGUCUUGAGGUUUUAAUUGUCAGGGGCUAAAUCAUUUGAACUUCAGAGUUCGUGCUGUAUUGAUUUGUUGGUUUUUUUGUUUGGUGUUUUUUUUUUUGUUUGUUUCCUUCACUCUCCUGAUGAACUGUGCUGGGAAGAAAGACUGCUGCUCUUUCAAUAAAAACAAUAAACUAUUUACCGUCUCUCCUUUGAACUAGUGUCUAUGAAAACUACUUUUAAGUGGGUAACGAAUUAAGUGUGCGAAACUGUUUUUUGUAGUCUUGUACUGGCCGAUGACAACGUACUCGACAUGCCUAGUGUCAUUUCUGUUCGUCUCCUAAAAUAAGGGAAGAUGGAUGGAAACUCGCCCCUCAGUGUUGUAGAUAUUUGACUCCCUGAAACCCAGGAAAUGAAGAGAUUUUAAGCAAAGCAGUGCCAGUCCUGAUCUUGAUAGGAUCUACAGUCUUCGGGCUUGCAUCCUUUUUAGACAGCAAUCACCGUGAAAAUUGGCAUUUGAACAUCUGAUCCUUCACUCUGUACUCUCUCGAUGAGCCAUGCUGGGAAGAAAGACGGCUCCUCUUUCAAUAAAAGCAGUAAACUAUCU